AUGUUGCUGUCGCUGUAUAUAAUAAACAAGGCUGGAGGCUUGAUUUAUCAAAAGGAUUAUGGCGAGGGUCGUCUUGCAAAACUGACUAGUAACGAAUACCUGGUCUUGGCUGUCCACGCUAUCGCAUCCAAAAUAUCACCACAACCAAACUCGAGUGGCAUCGAAUUACUAGAAGGAGACACAUUCAAAGCAACGUGCUUCCAAACCCUUACUGGAACGAAAUUCCUGCUGUUUACUGAUCCAGGACAACCAAACUGUGAACUCAUUCUAAGGAGAAUGUAUGAGCUAUACUCGGAUUUCGUCAUGAAGAACCCCUUUUAUAAUCCCGAAAUGCCUAUACGUAUUGAGCUCUUUGAUACGAAUAUUAGCAAGCUUGUCAAGCAAAUUAAUGGAGCUUAA